ACAAAAUCAAUUCUAACUUCCGCCUUUCUCUCAGUGGUCGUGGUUAUGAAAAUGACAACCUGUCAAAGCAUAAAGUUGCAUAAACUACACAUGAAAAAAACAAACGUCAUACGUGUUGUCAACGUGUGUCAUAUGAUCAGGAAUAUGAAAAACCUAAUUGAGGUAGUGAGCCUUACCGACGGUGGGCGUCGCUGUUGGAUCAACAAUCACCUAAAAAGUUUCGCCUUUCCCUUACUGGGCGUGGUUAUUCAAAUUAAAAGCUCCGGGAGUGUGAAAUUAUCUGAAUAUAUAAAAAAACGCCCAUUCCUUGUCGAGUCAUACCACAGAAGACAGUAAAGACAACACCCGAUGGUGAGAGUCACGACUGGACGGUGAAAAGCAAAGAGUUUACGACGCGACAUGCCACCUCACAUGGAGUACUUUUACCACGAAUCCCGUGUCCCCUCCGGUUGCGGACUGACCCGGGAGGACGAGCUGGAGCCGGGCGUCAUCAGUUGCAUGCUGGUGGGCGACGGCGCCGUGGGCAAGACCAGCAUGAUAGUCAGUUACACUUCCAAUGGAUACCCGGUGGACUACAAGCAGACCGGUUUUGACGUCUUUUCAGGUCAGGUCCAAGUGGAUGGAUCUCCAGUCAGAGUCCAGCUGGUGGACACUGCAGGACAGGAGGAGUUUGAUGAGUUCCGAUCGCUGUCCUACUCGCACACGGACGUCUUCCUGCUGUGCUUCAGCAUGGUCAACCCCACUUCCUUCCACAACAUCACCAAGAAGUGGGUGCCCGAGAUCCGUUCCUCCAACCCCACCUCGCCCAUUGUCUUGGUGGGCACACAGUCGGACCUCCUGUUGGAUGUCAAUGUGCUCAUUGGCCUGGACCGCGCCAGCGUCAAGCCCGUGGCCAGCUCACGGGCGCGAGGGAUGGCGGAGAAGAUCCGAGCGGAGGAUUACGUGGAGUGCUCGUCGCUCACGCAAAAGAACCUGAAGGAGGCGUUUGACGCCGCCAUCUUCGCCGCCAUCAAGAACAAGGCACGGCAGGCCAAGAAAAGGCGGUCGUCGGACAGGCGCGCCAAGGCCUUCUCCAGGUGCAGCUGGAAGAAGUUCUUCUGCUUCGUCUGAGUCGGCCGGGACUGUGGACAUGAGUUCUGACCUUAUGUGCAGCGUUUGUCGGUACAAGUGACAUUCAGGAUAUGGCAUCGGGAGAAGGUUUUGUGGAGCCCCACCGACAAAGGACUGUGUCUUGUUUACGUCUAUUUGGCUCGGAAUACGUAGGUACACGAACCAACACCCUACCAAUGGUUCUUCUGGUGUACCUGUUACAUUGGAAAAUGUGUAAAUAAGUUAUCGAGCUGCAAAUUGGACGGAAAGCUUUUUGAGCAUUUAUUCAGUAUCCUCGAUAUCCAGAUCCAUGUGCUAGUACGCUCUCAAUAGAAAGACAAUUCAGUCUCAUGGCAAGGACACACUCGUAAAAUGAGUGUGCCUUAUUUGAAGACAAAAACUGCGCUUCUUGACAAUCGCGUGCUGCCGGUACAAGUGACGUAAAAGUCAAGUUUCAAAAGUUUGCAUCUUGUGCUUCACUACAAGUACUAGUCGCACACAGAUGUCAAGUAUUGUAGAGUUUUGCCUCACUUAUAACAUCUAGCUGUCCUAUUAGCAUGCCCAAGUUGUACGACUCGUGUGUAGAAAAGUCGUACAUCAGUGGAAGGCAGAGUGAAAAAACACUGCAGUGCUAAGUGAGUUGCUUUGCAAGUGCAAGUUUACGACGGCUCGCGAGGGCCAAGAGC